AUUACGUUCCCUUUGUCUACCUACUCAUCUAUAUUGUAAAUCCAUACAAAAUAGUCCAGGUAUCUUCGGAUCCAUAACGGGGGCAACUACCGAAGAAUAUACUAGGGGGCUCUCGGAGACAAAACACCACGGGGCAACACAGCGCCGACUCCAGCCCGCGAAGGAUGUAGAGCUGUGGAUAGCGUCAAAAAGUUGCCGAAAUUGGUGACCUCACUUAUAGGACAUCGGCUCUGGCCUUAGAACUUCAGCUAAGUCUAGCUAAGUGACCAAUGUUCUUGUAAUAACUGAAUAAGCAAGACAUGUAGAGAAUCUCCGGGUCGAAUAUGUAAGCAAUGUUGAUAUUCCAAGACAUUUACAUGUUUAGGGAUCUCUAGGUAAAGCUAAUAAUAGGAUUAAUCGACAUAUAAGAUGAGGGACAAGACGAUGGAGUUUCUUCAAAAUAGCCUCAAUUUCCUAUUUACCCCUUCCCCUAUCUGCUUACUCCAACGCCUAUCGAGUUGUCUUGUGUAACGUCAGUAGUGCUACGUCAUUCGACUAUCGUUUAUUCUUUUCCAGCAUUCCAUCAACUAGAAUCCCAAACCCCAUACCUACGUAUACUUCCUUGAGACUCGGGUAGAGAAUACUCGUCAUACAACAUGGCCUUCUCAAUACAAAAACUCCUCAUCCAGGCUUACAUGAAAUGGUUCCCAAUCCCCCUUCCCCCACCGGACUCCUUCAAGGACCAGACCGUCCUCGUGACGGGAGGAACAUCCGGACUAGGGCUCGCAGCCGCGGUACACUUCGUCAAUCUAGGCGCCGCUGAGGUCAUAAUAACGAGUCGUAAUUCAGCACGCUCCAAGACAGCCCUCGCAACUAUCGAGCGGGAGACGGGAGGUCGCAGUAAAGGCCGCGUCCGGGUGAUGGACUUAGACAUGAGUCGGUAUGCCUCGGUCGUUGCGUUUGCUGAGGAGGUAAAAAAGAUCAACCGGGGGAAGGGCGGCAUCGACACCGUCGUGCUGAACGCGGGUCUUUCCACCGUGGAGCCUACACGCGGUGAGGAGGGUUGGGACCAGAACAUCCAAGUCAAUACCCUAAGCACGGUACUCCUAGCUCUGCUCCUGCUCCCCUGGAUGAAAGCGGAGCGCGCCAACCGUUCGGCUCCCGCGCACUUGGCCGUGGUGGGCUCGGGCCGGCAUCUGGAGCCGAAUAUCCAGGAGUGGAAGGAAUGGGCGUCCGAGACCAGCCUCCUGGAGCAUUUUAGCAAGCCGGAGAAUUGGCCUGGAUCGAGCAUGAUGUACGCGACGACCAAACUGAUGGCUCAAUAUGCGGUCAACGAACUGGUGAAAAUGGCAUUGGGGCCGGAUGGACACCCCGAGGUCAUAAUUAACACGAUGUGCCCGGGACUCGUGGCGUCGGAUUUGUCUAGAGAUCUAAAUAAGAUGGGGAUCGUUGUCGCUCUCAUAGCCCCCAUUUUCCUUGGUAUCUUCGCUAAGUCGCCGUCGAACGGCGCGAGGACGUACAUGGCCGCGUGUUUGACAACGGAGAGCGAACAUGGGAAGUUUAUCAAGUUCUACAGCUCAGACGCCGACUAUCAGGAAAAGGCAGACGUCGUUAUAACCGGCGAGGACGGAAGGGAGAUGCAGGCCUUAGUCUGGUCAGAGAUGAAGGCUGAAUUUACUGCGAAGGUUCCUGAGACAAGGGAAAUCUUAAAGUUGUAAGGACGAGUGCUAGGCUAUAUCAACACACAAUCGGGCUUUGCCUUCUUUCUUUUUUCGAGCGAUUGUUUAAUGUAUACAUACGGUUUCUACGUAUCGUGCGGGUUUAGCAAUGUGAUCGACCCUUUACGUAGCGCCGAAUGCCUCAAGUGUUCCUA